AUGGAUAGAAAUAGUAGUAGUAGUAGUGAGAAUAGGAAGAUCAAAAAAAGAAAGAGAAGUCGAUCAUAAAAGAAAGAAAAAAAAAAAUAUAAAAGUAAGAAAUCUAAAGAAAGAAAGUCAAAAGAAAAGAAAAAGUAAUAGAAAAAAUAGGGUGAGAAAAUUCCAUAGAAGUAAUUGAUAAAAGAAAAAGAUGUAAAAAUUGAAGUACAACAAAAAGUUUUAGAGAAUGAAACAAAGGAAGUAAAAAUUUAACAUAGAUUUUAGUAACGGAAUACAAGACUAAAAUAAGAGAGAAGAAAAAGAUCUAGAUCUAAUUCAGCUGUUAAACAUUAUUAAAAAUAAAUCUUAGCUAACAAUCCUGUUACUAAAUCUAGUAAUAUGAAUUUAAAAAUUAAUAUAGAUAUGCUAGGUUAUGACAAAUAAGAUCGUUUUUGGGAUGGAUUCACUUGGGUACCUAAAACAAAUUUACAUGAUAAAGUUAGGGAUGAUAAGGAUAAGGUAAUGUCAUUGACUAGUAGAAUGAGAAGAAUUUAACUUUGUAAUAUUCCUACAGGUUUAACUAAUCGAGAUCUUUAUGCUGAAUUAAGUAGAUUUAUUAAUAGAAAUUACUUAAAUGAUGUUGGAAAUGCUAAACCAAUUUUAUAUUGUCAUUUGAAUGAGAAAGAUAGAACAUGUACAAUUGAAUUAUCAUCUGUUGAAGAGGCUAACAGAAUGUUAAAAUUAGAAGAAAUUAAAUUAUUAGAUGAAUCUUGUAAGAUAUUUCGUCUUGGUGAUAAUUUAUAUGGUACAUAUAUCUAAUAUAUAUUCAGGUCAAUCUGUUAAUUAAUCAUAGUUAGUAUAGUAAGCACAUAAUAUGGCUUAAGCAUAAGCAGCUGCUUAUCUUGCAUUAAAAUCACUUGGUUUUGCCAGAGGAUAGAGAGAAGAAGAUGAAAUUCUGGCUUAGGCAGGUAUCCCAUCCAGGAUUAUAAAGGUUGGAAAUUUCUUAAAUGUUGCUAUGGCAAUUAAUUUAAAUAAAAAUGAAUGGAAUGAAAUGAGAGAAGAUUUGCUAGAAGGAUUUUCAUAAUAUGGUUAAAUUGAAGAUGACUUUUUUGUUAAACCAUUUUAAGCUAGUUUAGGAGGUAUUUUAAAUUAAAUAUAAAUUAAAGCUGAAGCAGGUUCUCUAUUUCUUGUGUAUUCAACUUUUGAGGAUGCACAACGUACUGUAAUAUCAAUGUAUGGUAGAACUUAUAAUUAGAGGUCUCUAAAGAUUAUAUUCAUAAAUGAAUAGACCUAUAUAAGAAGUUAUAUUCCAUUAAAAUUGAGAUAAUAGCCUGAAACAGAAGAAUUGCUAAAAAGAGAAUAAGAUAAAUAUGAUGAUGAAGAAUUUGAAGAAGAAGAAGAAUAUUUAGAAAAAAUGGAUAAUGGAUGUGUUAUUGAAAAAAAUAAUAAUAAUUAAUAAUAAUAAUAAUGA